GGGUGGGUGAAUAAUAAUUGUUUGUGUAAUUUUGAUUCUAGUUCAUAUGUUCAUUAAAGGGACCACAUAAAACUAGGACAAAAAGAUUGAGAAUACUUGAUAAAUGUAUUUGUGAAUUCCUUUCCUUAGAAGCACAAGCAGCACAUCCACUCUACUGCAUUUUCUGCAGAUUCCUCUCUUGUCAAUCACUCGAGCCAACUUCUUCACCAUCUCAAUAUUCAAUGUCACACUUAGUUUCACAAAUGGGUUUGGAUUUCAUCACCAAGAAGCCAUAUUCCCCUCCUUCAUGGGCUUCUCAUCUCAACCCCAUACCAUCUCAUUCCUACUCUCUCAGCCAUCUUCCUACCCCAAUUCACAAAUGGAAUCUUCCUAAUUUGCCUAAAAACACUGAAGUUUGGUUGAAGCGUGAAGAUCUUUCUGGGAUGCAGCUGAGUGGUAACAAAGCAAGGAAGCUGGAAUUCUUGCUGGCAGAUGCUGUAGCACAAGGUGCUGAUUGUGUCAUAACUCUUGGAGGAAUUCAAAGCAACCAUUGCCGCUCAACUGCUGUUGCUGCGAGAUAUCUGAAUCUCGACUCUUAUCUUAUAUUAUUCACGUCUGAGGCAUUUGUGGACCAAGAUCCAGGAUUGACGGGAAAUCUCCUGGUGGAGCGGUUAGUGGGAGCUCACGUUGAACUCAUUUUAGAAACAGAAUUUGCAAAUAUUGGGAGUGUGGCUCUUAUGAACCACCUUAAAGAAAAGCUUAUAAGGGAAGGGAGGAGGCCAUAUGUCAUUGCAACCGGUGGAUCUGACUCCUUAGGAACCUGGGGCUAUAUUGAAGCGAUUCGAGAGAUUGAGCAGCAACUCCUAAUUGAGAAUGCUGAUGUAAAAUUUGACGACAUUGUUGUAGCUUGUGGCAGUGGUGGUACAGUUGCUGGUCUCUCAUUGGGAUCGUGGAUGAGCUCACUCAAUGCAAAAGUUCAUGCUUUCUCUAUCUACUACGAACCCGAUUACUUGUAUGAAAUUGUGCAAGGCCUAAUUGAUAGCCUUGAAGCUGAUGUUGCCUCACGUGAUAUUGUCAACAUACAAGAUGCCAAAGGUUUGGGAUAUGCAAUUAGUACUUCAGAAGAGCUUAAAUUAGUCAAGGACAUUGCUGAAGCGACCGGCGUUGUACUUGAUCCCGUUUAUAGUGGAAAAGCUGCUUAUGGGCUUUUGAAAGACAUGAGUGAGAAUCCGAAGAAGUGGGAAGGGAGAAAGAUCCUCUUCGUACACACUGGUGGGUUGCUCGGGUGGUAUGGAAAGAUCGAGCAGAUGGGUCCAUUGGUGGGAAAUUGGCGUCGAAUGGACCUUCCUUAGUCUAUUUCGAACAAGGAUGGUACUGAAAAAAUGUUCUAAAAAAAAGUAAAACAAAUACUGCAAAAUGGUUGUACUAUACUUAAUGAAUGUAUUAGGAUUCUUUAAGGUCCACUCUAAAGAUGCAUUCCAAAUAAAUUUGCUCUAUGUUUAAAUUAUUAUU